GAUGCGGAACUGAGCGAACAGCGGUAACUGGCAGCCAAAGUGUAGACAUGUGUGGAAUCUUUGCCUAUCUGAACUACCACGUGCCGAGGACUCGCCGUGAGAUCCUUGAGAUUCUGCUCAAAGGCCUGCAGCGUCUGGAGUACAGAGGCUAUGACUCUGCCGGUGUGGGAAUUGAUGGUGGCAACGGCAAGGAUUGGGAGUCAAAUGCCAAGUCCAUCCAGCUGAUCAAGCAGCGUGGGAAAGUGAAGGUUCUAGAUGAGGAAAUCCACAAACAGCAGGAUGUUGACCUGGAUGUGGAAUUUGAUGUCCACCUCGGCAUUGCUCACACCCGCUGGGCCACCCAUGGUGUACCCAGCCCAGUUAACAGCCACCCGCAGAGGUCUGAUAAGAACAACGAGUUCAUUGUCAUUCACAAUGGCAUUAUCACCAACUACAAAGACCUGAGGAAGUUCCUGGAGAGCAAAGGCUAUGAGUUUGAGUCAGAGACAGAUACAGAGACAAUCGCCAAGCUGGUGAAGUACAUGUACGACAACCGAGAGAGUGACGACAUCAGUUUCGCCACUCUGGUGGAGAGGGUGACCCAGCAGCUGGAGGGAGCUUUCGCCCUGGUCUUCAAGAGUAUCCAUUACCCUGGAGAGGCAGUUGGCACAAGGAGGGGAGGUCCUCUGUUGAUUGGGGUGAAGAGUGAUCACAAGCUGUCCACAGAUCAUAUUCCUGUGCUCUAUCGCUCCUCUGGUAAAGACAAGAAAAGCUGCACUACCUUGCCCAGAAUGGACCAGGACACCUGCUUGUUCCCUGUGGAUGAGAAAGCUGUGGAGUAUUAUUUUGCCUCUGAUGCCAGUGCAGUGAUUGAGCACACCAACCGGGUGAUAUUCCUGGAGGACGACGACGUGGCCGCCGUGACGGACGGACGGCUGUCCAUCCACAGGAUAAAGCGGACAGCUGGAGACCACCCAGCCCGUGCCAUCCAGACCCUGCAGAUGGAGCUGCAGCAGAUCAUGAAGGGCAACUACAGCUCCUUCAUGCAGAAAGAGAUCUUUGAGCAGCCAGAGUCUGUGGUCAACACCAUGAGAGGAAGAGUGAACUUUGACAACAAUACAGUGACGUUGGGUGGACUGAAAGACCACAUCAAAGAGAUCCAGAGGUGUCGACGGCUCAUCCUCAUUGCCUGUGGCACCAGCUACCAUGCUGGGGUAGCAACCCGCCAGGUCCUGGAGGAGCUGACCGAGCUGCCUGUCAUGGUGGAGCUGGCCAGCGACUUCCUGGACAGGAACACACCCGUCUUCCGAGACGACGUCUGCUUCUUUAUCAGCCAGUCAGGGGAGACAGCCGACAGCCUCAUGGCCCUGCGUUACUGUAAGGAGAGAGGGGCUUUGACUGUGGGCAUCACCAACACAGUGGGCAGCUCCAUCUCCAGAGAGACAGACUGCGGAGUCCACAUCAACGCUGGGCCUGAGAUCGGAGUGGCCAGCACCAAGGCCUACACCAGUCAAUUUGUGGCCCUGAUCAUGUUUGCACUGUUGAUGUGUGACGACAGGAUUUCCAUGCAGCCAAGACGGCGUGAGAUCAUCCAGGGUCUCAGAGUGCUGCCAGAUCUGAUUAAGGAGGUUCUCAGUUUGGAUGAUGAGAUCCAGAAGUUGGCAGCCGAGCUGUACCAGCAGAAGAGUGUGCUGAUCAUGGGCAGAGGCUACCACUAUGCUACCUGCCUGGAAGGAGCGCUGAAAAUCAAGGAGAUCACGUACAUGCACUCAGAGGGCAUCCUGGCAGGAGAGCUGAAGCACGGUCCACUGGCUUUAGUAGACAAGCUCAUGCCCGUCAUCAUGAUCAUCAUGAGAGACCACACCUACAUCAAGUGUCAGAACGCCCUGCAGCAAGUUGUGGCCCGCCAGGGCCGCCCCAUCGUGAUCUGCGACAAAGAUGAUUACGAGACCAUCAAGAACUCGAGCCGCACCAUCAAAGUGCCUCACUGCGUGGACUGCCUCCAGGGCAUCCUGAGCGUCAUCCCACUGCAGCUGCUGUCCUUCCACCUGGCCGUCCUGCGAGGCUACGACGUGGACUGCCCAAGAAACCUGGCCAAGUCAGUGACAGUGGAGUGAAGCGCACCCUUCAUCACCUAGAAAAGCCUCGCGGACACAUAUUGAAAUCCACAUACAGACAGCGCCGAAAAACAGCUGCACACAGACACCAAGAGAGGACGAUUUCCCGUUUUAUGUGUCUUGUGUCCUGGCUCUUUUUAAUGCAGUCUUUUACGUAAAACAUUGUGUAUCUAACAGUUGCAUCUUAUCUGCAUCUCACUGUCUCUUUUCUCGAACGCCUUUGGCAUCAUUGUUAAAGAAGUUGUUUUGUCAGUGGUGGCAAGGUUUGGGCUGGUACUAAUAGUAAACGCUUUGAUCGUUCAUCUGGGUGAGUGAACCCAUAGCAACUGACAUAAAGUCUGUUACUGGGCCAUUUUGGAUUCUUCCUUCACAGCCAUGCUGAAAGCUUGUCAGUAAAUCGUACGUUUAUUUGCGCUGAUUAUUUUGAUUAUGUAGAGAGCCUGUUGGGGCCAUUAGUAGAUGAAAGGGUUAAGUGUGGGUGAAGGUCCAUGUGAAAAAGACCGUGAUGAAGUUACUGGUUCCUUUUUUCUAUAGUGCAAUGAUUUUUAGUGGGUUGGGAUCACCUUUUUUGGCAGCUAAUCAUUUUGAAGUCUUUACUCCGCUUUGAAGUAAAUGACCAUCUUAAACCAUUCCAAGCCAUAGGUCACUCAGCUUUGCUGUGAUUGCAAUCAUGUAGAAAGGUUUAUUUGACAGGUUUGAAUCAGAUUUUCUCUCAGACUUAAAAAGUAGGUGAAGGGCAGCAACACACAACAAAAUGAGUUAGGUGCCAACUCCAAAAUAAUAGUUAUGCAUUAUAAUUUUUUAUCUUCACAGUGUCACAUUUUGAUAUCUAUGCCCUGAUGAAGAUGGAUAUCAAAACACUGGCAGUGUGAAAUUAAAACAAAAACAAAACAAAAAAAAAACUGAUCUUGCAUUACAGCUUUACACACUAUCGUAGGAGCAGCAUUUUAACUGACUCAGAUCAUGACACACAUCAUUGUAAAGCUCUUAAUACACUACUGUGUAAAAUGUUGCUGUCUUUUGGGGUACGGUACUAUAGCCUGUUUACCCGAAGAAGCCGGUAAUAUAUAAAAUAUCUCAGACUCUAUCAUCAGGAUAUAAUAGCUACUACAGACCUAGCUAGUUGCAUAAUCAACUUAAGUGGCCUACCAAUCUAGAAGGAUUUCUCUCCAGUUCGUUUUCUUUAAAUAAAGUGUGAAUAAUGCUGCUUUUUUUUUUAUUAUUUUCAGUAGGUCUUAGUCUGACCGCACCUUUCUUAGUGUGUACAAUCCUGUCUCUGAUUCUUUGCUGACCUGUGUUUCCUCGCUGCUGAAGAGAGAGACCUUAUCGCUGAUUUGCCGUCUCAGUUUACAGUGGAACUACAUGAAGUGAAGUUGCUUACCUGAGUAGAAGCUGCACCUUGUUGCCACCCCACACCCUGCCACCACGACUACUGUGAUUGCAAUAUCGGGACCAUUUAUAGCUACGUCAUUCUUUGUUAUGUUUUGUUUUGUUUUGUUUUGUUUUCAUAUGAAAGAAAUUUUAUAUUAUUGUAGUUACUCUUUGAUUUGAAAUAUGAAUGUGUCAUUUAAAAUGUCCUGUCAAACCAGAAAAAAAGAUGGCUACACUUUACUAUGGUUUUGGCAGUUUGAAACCAAAACAUUUAUAUGUUCAUCUUGCAUUGUUUUUUAGCCAAAUGUGUGUCAGUGCUGUUGGAUUGUGUGGAGUGAAGUGGCCCGUCCCAAGGCCCAAGGGGACAUAAACACAAUUAUGCAGCAGUAAGUCUUACUGUAGCCAUUUGUUUGAAUAGUAGUUCAGAUGUUAGCUGCACGUUCUCUUUCAAAUGUCUGUCUUUCAUAAACCAAGGAGAGAGCAGAGUUACAUACACAUAGCUGUGUACCGACAAGAUAAAGGCUGCUUGUGUUUCUUUUAUUUUCCUGUUGCAUUUCUUAGUCUAGGUUGAGACAUUUAUCUUACUGUUACAAUCAAGCCUUAACUGCAAUUUCGGCGCACACUGUCUAUCCAUAGCCUUCGCAUUUACUUUUCAAUAUUGAGCUUUUUCUGAGCCGGUGAAACAAUUGGUUGGAAAACUGGACAGCUUUACAGGUCAUUUAGUUACCCGAGUAAUCAAACGGGUUUUCAGUUGGUUUGUUGACUGGAAGCAUUGACAAGGGAACUGCACCAAAUCCGAGCAACAUCUGUUGGAAAACUAUUGGUUUACUGAGGGAGUGGGGCACUAUUUAUUAGUGGAGCCGAUGCAAUAAAGUGUCAAAUACUUCUC